AAGCAUUUGGGGCCUUUCAGCUGCUUCGUCGCUCAAGCCCGGAAGCCCCAUCCUGGCCGCAAAGCCGGCGGAACACAUUGCGCGCGUGCGCGCGGCACACAUUGCGCUGUCGUGAUGGAAGAGAAGGAGGACUUUUCCCCAAAAGACCGAUUGCGUGAAGAGCUGAAACGCGCGGUCUCGCGGCACAAGGUCUUGGACUACAUCAAUGCCAAUCGACCUCUGCUGGGUCUCUUCAUCCCGGCUCCCUCCCAUCCCAAAGUUCACAUCACCCUCGACAGGUUCUUGACGCACGGCCUCCCACGCUUGGCCUUCAUCGUGGUCUUUCUGAGCCUCUUGAUGAUCUCGAUCACGCUGCUAUUGCUGUGGCUUCGGGCUGUGACCAUCAUCUGCAUUGUACUGCCGCCUUGCCUCUAUGGCGGCUACUGCGGAGUCAAGAGGGCUCGGAAAGCUGCCGAGCCAUGCGUCUUCCUGAAGGAUGAGGACUGGGCGGCGCAGAGCCAGGUUCUUCGACGUGAGCUGUCCAGGCGCUCAGGAGCGCCGAAGAAAGGUCGCGGAGGAAUUGAUCGCCUCGGUGAAGCCGGAGGCGGCACCGAGCUUCAACGCGCAUGUGAAGAAGGCCACGGCCCUGGCGAUCUACGGCUGCGGCAUUUUGGCUGCCACCCACGUUGGUGGUCUUCGUGCUUUAGAGCGGCAUGGAAUGCAAUACUCGAAGCUCAAGACGAUUGCAGGUGUCUCGGCGGGCUCCGUGGUGGCGGCGAUGCUGGCCGUGGGCUGCCAGGCCGAGGAGAUCUUUCAGCUGGUCCAAGAGCUUCCCUUCUACAAGAUUGCCCUGCCAGAGCUUGGGGCGCUCGUCCGAAUUCUUGGAACCAACUUGCAAAGCAUCUUGGAGACCUGCCUGGGCGAAUCAGCCGCAGCAGUGGUGGAGUGCCUUGCAGAUGGCACCGGCCCUGGGCUGAAUAGCGGCUCGAUCUUGGAGGAGAUGAUUGGAAAUGCUUUGAAGCAACAUUGUGGAGACGCCGACAUCACCCUGAAGGCGGUGCAGGAUCGCUUCGGAAAGCGCUUGGUGAUCUUAGCCUGUGAGUUGGAUUCUGGCAAAGAGCGGCGCUUUACUCCAGAGACCGACCCCGAACUGCCCCUGCGCGCAGCAGUGAGGAUGUCCAUGGGAGUCCCUGGAUUAAUGGAACCCUUCAAAUAUCGAGGACAUAUGUACUGCGAUGGAGGUAUGUGCAACGACUUCCCCAUGAACGCUCUGCCCAGCUCGGAGGUUCGCAUCGGCCUCAUGGUUCGGCCGGUGGACUGGAUCCAGCACCACAUCGCAGGCCUUGAUCCCAUCAUCCCAGAAGAGUCCUUGCAGAAGUUCCCCAAGGCGACAGAACACUUGAAGUCUUUGAUGAAUAAGAAGCCAGCGCUCUUUUCGGUGAAGACCAUUUUGGAUCUUGCCAUGACUUCGGUGAACAUCAUGAUGGACGCCAAUUUGGUGCUCCAGAUUGCGGCGGCCACCGCCAAGAUGAACCUCACCGGUGGCGGCAUCUCCGAGCUCGCGCCGGAGAUCCUCACGCUGUGCGGUGGACGAUUAGAUCCCUUUGACUUCAAUCUCUCCAAGGAGCAGCAUCGGGAGCUGUAUUUCUCCGGGCAGCUCAGUACUCAUCUUCACGCAUCGAUGGUGGACAAGAGUUCAGAGGUGCUGAGUGAUGAAGCGAAGCUGAAACUGCUGCUCUUCAGCAUGCACCUGGAUUAUCCCACCAAUUGAGAAAAUUCAUCGGACAGAUCCAGGUUGCGUUGUUUGAGUAGAAAGAGUGCCCGCAUUUGUUCGAAGAUGUUU